AUGGCGUUUGCUGGGACAAAUAUCAGUUUGUCCCAGCCGGAUAUCACGCAGAAACUAACGGAGCGCAUAGACGACCUGAAGCAAAAGAUUGCCGCUUGGGGGAAGCGGAUUCGCCGAUUUACCGAGAGGUCAAGGCGGUUCAACCAGAAUCGUCUCUUCCAGAGUGAUCAGAAGAGGCUCUACAAAUCAUUGGAGCGACCAGAGGUAUGUGGAGCGGGCCCAGGACCGGAUCAGGCUAACACUGUCGCAUUUUGGCGUGGCCUGUGGUCAGAGCCCGUAAACCACAGCGAGGGCCCUUGGACGGAAGUUGUGGCGAGUCAGUGUGCGAGUAUUACGCCCAUGGACCCCGUCAUCAUAACGCCGGAUGACGUAGCUGAGGCGGUCCGUAGAGCCCCCGAACUGGAAAAGUCCGGGACUCGACGGACUGCAUCACUACUGGCUGAAGGGGUUCAUGGUGUGUCACGCUGUGCUCGCCCGUCAGUUUCAAGAGGCUCUCAACCAGAAGUCGCUCCCUAG